CGCUCAUCUGUUUUGAAACUAGCGAGUGCAGAAGUCCAGCAUUUAUUUCUUUGCUUGUUUAUUGUUAAUAACGCGACAAAAAAACUACUUAAGCAGCAGGAGCAACGUCAAUACAUUCCAUGUCCACCGUGGCCCCUCAGAAGGGCCCGGGGCCCGGUGUGGGUCUGCUUGGCCCUCAGCAGCAGCAGCAGCAGCAGCAGCUGAGAGAGAUCUCACCUGUGUACCUGUGCCGCAUCGGGCAGGAGACUGUGCAGGACAUCGUCACACGCACUAUGGAGAUCUUCCAGAUCACACGUGCCACUCAGCUUCCCAACGGAGUGACGCAGAGUCAGGCUGCGUAUCAGGAUCGCUUCGGGAAGCUCCAGGAACACCUGCGUCAGCUGACUCUCCUCUUCCGGAAGCUGCGUCUGCUGUACGAGCGCUGUGUGGAGAUGACCCCUGACCUCCAGGAGUCUCCGGCCGAGCUGGUGCCGUAUGUGUCGGAGGAGGCCGAAGCCGUGCGGAUGGAGACCUGCAGUCCGGCCGUGAUUCAGGAGAGGAGAGAAGUUCUGGAGAAAGUGAGGCAGAAGAACCAGGAGAUGAAGGUGCUGAUGGACCAGAUGAGGAACCUCCUGUGGGACGUCAAUGCCAUGCUCACCAUGAGGAAAUGACCCCUGUCCAAUUCUGUUAAACACCUGACCGGCUUCAAGACUGUGUUUCCUUCACAGCUCGUUCAUCUGGACAGACGAGAUCAGACCCAGCUUUUUCUUAAUUUACAGUGUUAAAUCCCAAUGUUCUGAUUAAUAACAGCUUUAUCAAAGCAUUGAAUUAGUAUCAGUUUGAGUAAGUCAUGUCAAAGCCAUGAUGAUGUUUGCACGACUGUGUGUGUGUGUGUGUCUGUUUUCCUGAGCUCAGCAUUACACUCCUGAGAUCUGCCUUCUGGGUGAAGAAUCAUCUUUUUUUUUCUUUUUCUU